AUGUGGCCUGCCGGAUAUAACACUCUCGACGAAGAAGACGUAUCGAUCGAGCCUCAUUUACCAUUUAAUUUGUCGGAGUACGGCCUGGUACAUCUCCCACCGUUGCCACCUACAGGGAGCAACAGUUCGAGAGCACCUUCAACAACAUCGUCUGGUCCUCGGAGUGGGAAAUCAAUAACGACCUCAGACAGAAACAGACUGCGAAAAGAUGAACUUUCCUCAUCUAGUGCAUUAACUGAAGCAAAUGAAAUAAAAGACAUGGCGGUGCGAGUUACUCUCCCAGACACUCGUCCAGGGUCGAUAUCAAGUCGCCAGACUGGAUCGGACAACGCGCUCUCAGGGCAUGCAUUUAGCGAAAGGAGUAGUAGCAUGGCUUCAGAUGAACAUUACGUCUCCUUCAAAUUUCAGUAUCGAGAGGACGACAAUGGACACCAUGUGGCUAUCGGUCGAGAGGGAAAGUUGCACCGAUGCGAAGAUGAGCCAAUUCGCACACCUGGUGCCGUUCAAGGAUUCGGAGUCCUUAUAGCUGUGGACGAGACGGAAGAUACGCUUGUUGUUCGACAGGUUUCAGAGAACUCGACGGAGCUACUUGGCCUACCUCCACGAUACCUUUUCGAGCUCGAAUGCUUUACGGAUACUCUGCCUGAAUCCCAAGCCAGUGUGCUCUGGGACCACAUCCAAUUCCUCACUGAGCCUCAGGAGCUGGAAGAGGAAGAGAGCACUCCACACGUAUUCCUCCUUAGCGGUUACGGCGCUCCUGAGUCGGUGCUUCCCAACGAGGGCGAUUCUGAAGAUGGAAAACGUGUAUGGAGUUGUUGGUGUGCUGUUCAUCGUGCCCACUCCUCUUCCGGCUCCCUUGGGUUGAUAGUGAUGGAAUUCGAGCUGGAACGCGAUACCUUGAAUCCGCUUUACCCGCCUAUCCCUCAACAGGUUUCAGGGGUUACAUCACCUGCGACUAGUCAAGAAGGCUCGUCGACUGAAGGCUCCGAUCGAACGUUGGUGGAAAGCCAAUUGAAUCCUUCGAACGAACAUCAAAAUUCAGAUCCUUUCAGCCUUGCUGGCGAUUGUCCGAACGCAAUGGCACUGGCGAACGAUGCAGGGACUGUAAUAGAGUCUUCCGGGUAUGGUUUUGAUCGUGACGAGUGUUGGCGACCAACUGCAGAAGAAAUUAUCGACAGCACAACGAGCCGAGCGAAGCCGUUACCCGCCCUCGAACGGUUGCGUCGUAUGACCCGUGGCAUUCCGUCUGGCGCUCCUGGGGCACCAGAGGUCGAGCCGACAGGGGGUGGUAAUAGCAAUGGAAGGGACCGACGCAGACGUCGCCGGGGACAAGGGGGUUAUGCUGCUGUGGGUAUGAUGGACGUCUUCGCGGUCAUGGCCCAAAUCAACGAACAACUGGGCUCGGCGCCGAACUUGGAUUCGUUUUUAAAAGUCGUGGUUGGUGUUAUAAAGGAUUUGACACAGUUCCAUCGUGUCUUGGUCUAUCAGUUCGACGAGCUGUGGAACGGUCAGGUCGUCGCGGAAUUAUUGGAUUGGAGCCAGUCGCAUGACUUAUACAGAGGGCUUCAUUUUCCUGCAGGGGAUAUUCCUGCCCAGGCUCGUGAGCUGUAUAAAAUCAAUAAGGUCCGAAUUCUCUAUGAUCGCGCCCAAUGUACUGCAAGGAUUGUCGUCCGCAACAAAGAUGAUCUCGAGUCGCCGUUGAAUAUGACGUACUGUUAUUUGCGUGCAAUGAGCCCAAUACACAUCCAAUAUCUUGAAAAUAUGGGCGUGCGAGCAUCCAUGUCGGUUUCCAUCCUAGCGUUUGGACAACUCUGGGGUUUGAUUACAUGCCAUUCAUACGGAAUCCAUGGGAUGCGUGUUUCUUUCCCUGUUCGUCAGAUGCUUCGUCUGCUCAGCCAGUCGAUCUCAAGGAACAUCGAAAGAUUAAGCUAUGCUCAACGUCUCCACACUCGGAAACUUAUUAAUACCAUGGUCUCGGAAAACCACCCUACUGGCUAUAUAGUCAGCGACGCGGAUGACCUCCUUAGUCUCUUUGAUGCCGAUUUUGGUAUCUUGGUCGUAGGUGAAGGUGCAAAAAUCCUAGGACCCAAUGAACAUGGACAGGAAAUUUUGAUUAUGGCUGAAUACUUGCGUUUAAAGCAAUACGAUACCAUUCAAGCCUCCCAGGCUGUCAUCAAUGAUUUUCCAGAUCUCCAACUUACUGCAGGCUUUGAGGUCAUCGCAGGGCUGUUAUAUGUCCCCCUUUCCUCUGGCGGCAAGGAUUUCAUCGCGUUUUUACGCAAGGGUCAGCCUCGUCAAGUGCAUUGGGCCGGAAAACCAUAUCAGGAGGGGAAAGAGAAAAUUGCAAAACUAGAGCCUCGCAAAUCUUUCAAAAUCUGGUCCGAAAUAGUUGCAGGUCGAUGUAAGGCAUGGAACGAUGAGCAGCUCGAGACUGCUGGUGUGCUAGCUCUUGUGUACGGGAAGUUUAUCGACGUAUGGAGACAGAAGGAGAAUGCUUUGCAAAAAACGAAACUCACCAAUUUACUUCUUUCAAAUGCAAGUCACGAAGUACGAACGCCUCUUAAUCAUAUCAUCAACUAUCUUGAAAUGGCACUGAAUGGGCCUCUUGACGUUGAAACGCGCGAUAAUUUGAGCAAGUCUCAUGCAGCUUCCAAGAGUCUUCUAUUCACCAUCAAUGACUUGCUUGAUCUAACUCGCAUGGAAAGCGGAAACGAGACAUCUUUCAGCGAACCAUUCGAUCUUCAUUUCGCUAUCGAAGAAGCAACUUGCCUUUACCGUAAAGAGGCUGAACGACGUAACAUCAAGUUCAUUCUCGAUCUUCAAGACAGCCCGAAAGUUGUUGUUGGUGACGCCAAGAAGAUACGCACGGUGGUACAGAAUCUAACAGCAAAUGCCCUCAAAUAUACCACGUCCGGAUCUAUCACCGUUUGUUGCACGACCUUCGGAGAACCAGAGGGUCUGCGCAGCACAAACCAAGUAGCAAUUGAAAUUAUCGUCGCUGAUUCUGGGUGUGGAAUUGCUCCAGAAAAGUUGGAGAGCAUAUUUCGAGAGUUUGAGCAAGUAGAGUCUUCAGAAACCAGGUCCAACGCAAUUGCAGGCGUAGGCCUCGGACUUGCCGUGGUUGCAAGGAUUGUUGAGCAGCUAGGUGGUCAGCUCCGCGUUGAUUCGAAACUCGGCGAAGGGAGUCGAUUCUCCUUCCUCAUUCCAUUGGCUCUGUCGGCUGGAGCAGCUUCACCGUUGACUGGAUCAUCUCUCUCCUCUCAAUCAUCUAGGAGUUCACCGCGGAUUCGAUCUCGGCCAGCUAGCUUCUUCUCCGCGUCCGGAGGGAAGGACGUCGAUAGUCUCGUCUCCGCCUUGUCGUCCAGUCAUAUGUCCUCGCCUUCCCGAUCUGAAGACAUCAAACCCAAGGAGGCAACGCGAGCAAAGUCCCGCCAGCUGUCCUCGAGUGGUGUCUUUCCAGUCGCAGACUCACAUAUACCUGUUCGACCGGUCAAGAUUGACUAUUUUGACCAGGAUAUUCCCUUCGAGGACAGAAAGCCAACUUUCCCGGACCCUAAAAUAGAGAUCGCGAAUGUUCCUCGGAGUUUCUUACCGGCCACGCCGCGCCGCGCCUUUCCUGAGGAAGAGAGCGACUCUAGCAUACUGAGGGUGCUGGUGGUCGAGGAUAACGAUAUCAACCGUACCAUUCUUGCCAAACGACUAACUUUGAAUGGAUAUACGGUCGUAAAUGCCACAAACGGACAGGAGGGCUUUGAUAAAGUGGUUGCAGAUCCAACUCUCGACCUGAUUCUCAUGGAUAUACAGAUGCCCAUUUUGGAUGGAUUUGAAGCCACUCGGCGUAUUCGGGAUUUCGAAGAAAAAGAAAUAAAACGCAACACGGCUUCUUCCGUUCAUCGGCUCUCACAUACUCUCAAUGGGAGAAUACCCAUUUUUGCAGUUUCCGCGUCGUUGCUCGAAGAUCAGCGAGAAGAACUUGUACAUCAUGGCGUGGACGGCUGGAUUCUGAAACCUAUCGAUUUCAAGAGGUUUUUAAACAUCCUCAAAGGUGUCACAGACCCGGAACAACGGCACCGAGAUGCCUACCGUAAAGGAUGCAACUGGGAGGUCGGUGGGUGGCUUCAGCAACACCCUGGGACCUAG